AUGAGGAAUCAAACAGCACUAACAACCUUCAUAUUGCUGGGACUGACAGAUGACCCUCAGCUACAAAUUCUACUUUUUGUUUUUCUAUUUCUUUCCUAUAUGCUAAGUGUAACUGGAAAUCUAACCAUCAUUACUCUCACACUGGUAGAUUACCACCUUAGAACACCAAUGUAUCUUUUCCUUCAAAACUUCUCGUUCUUAGAAAUUUCAUUCACGACUGCUUGUAUUCCCAGAUUCUUGUAUAGCAUAUCUUCUGGAGACAGGUCCAUCACGUACGGUGCUUGUGCCAGUCAACUCUUAUUUAUAGACCUCUUUGCAGUAACAGAAUUUUUCCUUCUGGCCACCAUGUCUUAUGAUCGUUAUGUGGCCAUCUGCAAACCAUUGCACUAUGCCACUAUUAUGAGCAUUAGAGUGUGUAAGAACUUCAUCUUCUUCUGUUGGGCAGCAUCACUGAUCAUCAUUCUCCCACCAAUUAGUCUGGGUUUGAGCCUGGAAUUCUGUGACUCUAAUGUCAUUGAUCAUUUUUGCUGUGAUGCAUCUCCUAUCCUGAAGAUCUCUUGUUCAGACACAUGGCUGAUAGAACAGAUGGUUAUCGUGUGUGCUGUGUUGACAUUCAUCAUCACCUUCAUGUGUGUAGUUCUUUCCUAUACCUAUAUCAUCAGAACAAUCCUAAGAUUCCCCUCUGCCCAGCAAAAGAAAAAGGCAUUUUCCACUUGUUCUUCCCACAUGAUAGUUGUUUCCAUUACUUAUGGUAGCUGCAUCUUCAUUUAUGUCAAACCUUCAGCCAAGGAUGAGGUGACUAUUAAUAAAGGGAUUUCACUCCUUAUCACUUCUAUUUCACCAAUGUUGAAUCCCUUUAUUUACACUCUGAGAAACAAGCAAGUAAAGGAAGCUUUCAAAGACUCAGUUAAAAAAAUUGCAUUCCUUUCAAAGAUGUAA